AUGGGCCUGGCAAGAGUAUCGGAUCUCGCGGACAUCUCGUCUCUGUUUCCUCGUGCACCCCAACUUACCGAGCACCGUCUUUUCGACACCUGGUCUACCCCGGAAUCUGAGCUCCCAUGGAGGACACACAUACGAACGCUCUGGCUUCAAUGGACGAUGGCCCGAGCGACACCUCUGGAGGAGUCAUCUCUAUCAAUGAUCGUUUUCCUGGAAGUGACAGGGGGAAUUAUACCAUCACCCAUCCAGGUCAUCGAUGUCAUGCUUCCUUUCCCCGCCAGUUCGUCUGCCCUUACCGAGCUACGCUUUGAGAACGUAGUCAGUCAUAGGCGACUCAGGAAGAACCUCGUGAAGCACACCAGAGUUGACGACACUCGCCGUCCUGUCGUGGAGUAUAACAAGGAUCCCGAAAUAUCUUGCCAUUACAGACGAUCUCCUUGUGCGUCUGAUGGACUCGCGCAGGUUCCGGACAAAACUGGAAGCACACCAAGUUGGUCUCCGGGCGGAUACAACUGAGGUCGAUGAAAGGAAAGUCACGAUGCCCUGCGGGUAGGGUGCUUCAGUAUAUGACUGUCGGCAUGUAGGACAGUGGGGAGUUGGGUGAAAAGACACUGCAAAGGCUUCAGAGGCUAUGUGUGGAAGCUUGGAAUGAGUUGUCUGCUUGUACUGAUCUAGACGGUAU